AUGGGUCACAUAAAGGAGGACUAUGACCACAGCCGAGAGAUUGAUGCACCCACCAAAUACCACCCACAACUCAACCACCCAUCACCCAGCACCCACCAAAUACCACCCACAACUCAACCACCCAUCACCCAUCACCCAGCACCCACCAAUCACCACCCACAACUCAACCACCCAUUACCCAGCACCCACCAACACCACCCACAACUCAACCACCCAUCACCCAGCACCCACCAAUCACCACCCACAACUCAACCACCCAUCACCCAGCACCCACCAAUCACCACCCACAACUCAACCACCCAUCACCCACCAAUCACCACCCACAACUCAACCACCCAUCACCCACCAACCACCACCCACAACUCAACCACCCAUCACCCAGCACCCACCAAAUACCACCCACAACUCAACCACCCAUCACCCAGCACCCACCAAUCACCACCCACAACUCAACCACCCAUCACCCAGCACCCACCAAUCACCACCCACAACUCAACCACCCAUCACCCACCAAUCACCACCCACAACUCAACCACCCAUCACCCAGCACCCACCAAUCACCACCCACAACUCAACCACCCAUCACCCAGCACCCACCAACCACCACCCACAACCCAACCACCCAUCACCCAGCACCCACCAAUCACCACCCACAACCAACCACCCAGCACCCACCAAUCACCACCCACAACUCAACCACCCAUCACCCACCAACCACCACCCACAACUCAACCACCCAGCACCCACCAAUCACCACCCACAACUCAACCACCCAUCACCCAGCACCCACCAAUCACCACCCACAACUCAACCACCCAGCACCCACCAAUCACCACCCACAACUCAACCACCCAUCACCCACCAAUCACCACCCACAAAUCAACCACCCAUCACCCAGCACCCACCAAUCAGCACCCACAACUCAACCACCCAUCACCCACCAACCACCACCCACAACUCAACCACCCAUCACCCACUAAUUACCACCCACCAACUACAACACCCCCAUCACCCACCAACCACCACCCACCAAUCACCAACUACAACUCACUCCCAUCACCCACCAAUCACCACCCACAACUCAACCACCCAUCACCCACCAAUCACCACCCACAACUCAACCACCCAGCACCCACCAAUCACCACCCACCAACUACCCGUCACCCAGCACCCACUAAUCACCACCCACCAAUCACCAACUACAACUCAUCUUCCACCACCCAGCGUGCAACUGACUAG